CGGGGGCGGGGAGGGCGAGGACUGAGGAGGAUCCUAAUGCCACCUGACGGGCUCUGGUUACACUGCUGCGCAAGGACCUGGGGCGCCCAGCCUGCACCUCCCUCAGGCCAGACAGGGCUCCUCCUCCUCGCCCACCCAAGCAGCUUUCAUAUGCUCCUCCCUCACCCGCUCAGAGCCACCAGCCCCCACUUGUACCUCUCCCCCUCCCCUCCCCCCGCAAAGCUGGAUCCCGAUUUUCCCAGGUCUGGAGGGUGACAGAGCCUUUUCUGAGCACCCCCUCCCCUUUCUCAGGACGGAGAAUCCUCCUCAAUCGCCCCUCUCCUCCCUGGAGCCUUUAGGGGCCCAUUUCCCUCCACGUUCCCUAGUUUUCUAACGUUUCCCCGAAACCAGCGUCCUCCAUUGUCCAUCUUCCUCCCGAAGCCCCGUUUCCUUUUUGUGCUCCUCAGAGCGAAGAGCCCCCACUAAUAUUUUCAGCCUCAUCCUAAUCUCCCUAGGUUUGAGGAAGGAGAACCAAAUCUUACACCUCCUCCUCUGAGUGCUUCCAGUGCCCACCUCCUCCUGUUUCUCCCUCUGGCCUGAGCCCUGUGUUCCCCUUCCCAGGAGAAGCCGGAGCAGGAGGACCCCUCCAAGUCCCAGAAUGAAUAUGACAGGGCCGUCUCCAUCAGUGCUUGUGAGCGAGGCUGCCGCCUCUUCUCCAUCUGCCGGUUUGUGGCCAGGAGCUCCAAACCCAAUGCCACCCAAGCUGAGUGUGAAGCAGCCUGUGUGGAGGCCUACGUGAAGGAGAUGGAGCAGCAGGCCUGUAUCGAGGGCUGCUGGAGCCAGAACCCUGAGCUGGAGCCUGAGCCGGAGACCAUGCAGAAGAAAAAGGUCCUGGAAGCUCCGAGCAGGGCCCUUUCGCUCCUGGACUUGUUUUCCACCCUCUGCAAUGACCUUGUCAACUCAGCCCAGGGCUUCGUCUCCUCCACCUGGACAUACUACCUGCAGACUGACAAUGGGAAGGUGGUGGUGUUCCAGACCCAGCCCAUGGUAGAGAACCUAGGGCAUGAGGGGGCCCGUCUGCAGCGAGUGGAGGUGACCUGGAGAGGAUCUCAUCCUGAGGCCUUGGAGGUACACGUAGACCCUUUAGGCCCCUUGGACAAGGUAAGGAAGGCCAAGAUCCGAGUCAGGACCAGCAGCAAGGUCAAGGUGGAGUCUGAUGAGCUGCAGGACAAUGACUUCCUCAGCUGCAUGUCCCGGCGCUCGGGGCUUCCUCGCUGGAUCCUGGCCUGUUGCCUCUUCCUCUCUGUGCUGGUGAUGCUGUGGCUCAGUUGUUCCACUCUGGUGACUGCUCCUGGCCAGCACCUCAAGUUCCAGCCCCUGACCCUGGAACAACACAAGGGCUACAUGGUAGAGCCAGACUGGCCUCUGUAUCCUCCCCCGUCGCACGCCUAUGGGGACAGCCCCCCACCCUACAAGCUGAAGCUGGACCCGACCAAGCUGUAGGCCACCCUUGAACCACGUACAGCCAGGGGCAGGGGAAGCUCCAUCCUCACUGCCCUGCGCCCAGGGGUCCAGGCCACGGUGGGACCAUCCUUGGGCUCCUGCACCCCCAAAUCCUCUCUCCCUGGUCCCAUCCCUCACCCCUCUGGAUCCUGGGGUUGCCAUGCUGCCACUUGGGGGGCGGGGGUCUGGCGUUUGUUCCUCCCUGGGCCUCCUUUCCCUGGUGCCUGCUGCUUUUUGUUUUCUAUUGUGUAGCUUCAUGGGUAUCGAACCCACGUUCUGUGUCGCCUUCCUCCUUCCUCCUCUCUCGCCUGGAGAGGGUGCAUUUCUGAAGCCUCAGAGGAACCAAUCGUCUUGUGCUAGGGCUCCCCCCUGUUUCCCCACCUCACCUCUGGAGAUCCAGCCCCAUGGGAGGAGACCCUCUCAGGAGGAGCUGUGGACAGCUCCCUGCUGGGAGGGUGGGUGACUACGGCUGGAGUUGCAGCAUGGGGAUCAGGAGGAAUAAACCAUGUCCAUAAACGA